AUGUCGAACGAGAGUGUGUCUGCCGAGCACGAAACCAUCGAGAUACGUGAGAAGCGCAAGCCUCUCUUCUGCACCAAGUUUGGACAGACGCGAUUUCUGUGUCAGCGAAGUGCAACUGCGAUCUACUUUCCCAAUGUGCUUCACGUCGGUCCAAACAUGGGAUGCAUGUUGAUCACCUACUCCAUCGUCGUUGCCCCCACUCUGAUCUUCAUUUUCGCGACUGGUUUGGCGUCAUGGGUGUCGGUCCUCCUCGUCGUCUCCAUCGCCCUCACAUUUCUGUCGUUCUCGAUGGUGGCUUGCAGCGACCCAGGGGUGGUCCGUGAGCACUACGUGAAUGCGACCGGCGAACCUGCUGGUAUUCUUUGUGCACAUUGUCAGAUUCGCCGACCGCACAACGCGAUCCACUGCUACGAGUGUGAAGUGUGCAUCGACGGGAUGGACCACCAUUGUCCAUGGACCGGUAAAUGCAUCGGCAAGAAGACGCUGUACUGGUUCUACCUAUUUCUUUGGAUGAUCUGCAUCCACAUCACGUUUGGCAUUGGCACGGUCGUGUAUUAUUGCAUUGGAGGUCGCUCGCCGUAA